AUGCCUCCUAAGAAUCCAAAUCAACCCGAGCGCGAAGAAAUAAUAGAAGAACCGCCUGCGUGCAAUAUCUUCUGUCACUUGGCGACGCAUCCACAUCUGCCUCCCAAGCCCAAGGCAGUACUGCCAAUAGUAUGGGUCCUCGGGGGUCCGGGGGUCGGCAAAGGCGCCCAAUGCCACAAGAUCGCGGCCAAGUACGGCUUCACCCAUCUCUCCACGGGGGACCUGCUUCGCGCCGAGGUGAAGACAGGCUCUGAUAUUGGGAAGAGCAUUGCUGGAUACAUCAAACGUGGUGAACUGGUGCCCAACGAGGUGGUCCUACAACUCCUCAAAGAAGCCAUCGAGAAGAACAAAGCGAACUCCAAAGGCUUUCUCAUCGACGGAUACCCGCGAGAGAAGAGCCAAGGCGAGGAAUUUGAAAAGGCCAUAGGACCCGCUAGCGCAAUAAUUUACUUCGAAGCGACACCGGAGACGUUGAGGAAGCGAAUCCUGCACCGCGCAGCCAACGCCAAGGAGAGGCGUUUCGACGACACGGAGGAAGCUAUUCAGAUCAGGCUCAAGACAUUCAUGGAGAACAAUAGUCGAGUGCUCGCUCAGUACCCGCAUAUGUUCAAGACGAUAAACGCCGAGAGAACCAUUGAUGAGGUUUUCAAAGACGUGAGAGCGGUUUUGGAUCCGAUAGUUUCUCAGCAGUGUGUUUAA